AGCUCCCGGCCGGCGCCGAGAUCCAAGCGCUGGAAAGGAUGGCCAAGGUCCCUGAGCUGGAAGACGCCUUCGUGCAGGAGCAGCCUUCGCCUCAACUUCCCUCCGAGAUCGCGGAGGAGUGCUGCGCGCAGCUGCUGGGCAAGGGCUUGCUGGUCUACCCCGAGGACAGCGCGUACCUGGCUGCCGGAGCAGCUGCGGGCGCCCCGGGCAGCGGGGAGAAAGGCGGAGACCCCAGGCUGCAGGUGGGAGUCAAAUCAGAGAUGCAUUUAAGCAAUGGUAACUUUUCCUCGGAAGAAGAGGAUGCGGACACGCACGAGAGCAAGACCAAAGCGGCGGACACUCAGCUCUCUCAGAAGAAGAGCAUCACGCAGAUCAUGAAGGACAAGAAGAAGCAGACGCAGCUCACCCUGCAGUGGCUUGAAGACAAUUACAUAGUGUGUGAAGGAGUUUGCCUCCCACGGUGCAUUCUUUAUGCUCACUAUUUAGAUUUCUGUAGGAAAGAGAAACUGGAACCAGCUUGCGCGGCCACCUUUGGAAAGACAAUUCGCCAAAAGUUCCCUCUCCUGACAACACGAAGACUUGGAACAAGAGGGCAUUCAAAGUAUCAUUACUAUGGGAUUGGCAUCAAAGAGACCAGUGCAUAUUACCACUCUGUUUAUUCUGGAAAGGGCCUGACAAGGUUUUCGGGGAGCAAACUGAAGAAUGAGGGUGGUUUUACUCGAAAAUACUCCCUUAGCUCAAAAACAGGAACACUUCUUCCAGAAUUCCCCAGUGCUCAACAUCUUGUGUACCAAGGAUGCCUUUCUAAGGACAAGGUUGAUACUCUCAUAAUGAUGUACAAAACUCACUGCCAGUGUAUCCUUGACAACGCAAUCAAUGGGAACUUUGAAGAGAUCCAGCAUUUCUUACUGCACUUUUGGCAAGGAAUGCCUGACCAUCUACUUCCCCUGCUGGAAAAUCCUGUUAUCAUUGACAUUUUCUGUGUUUGUGACUCAAUUCUUUAUAAGGUUCUUACAGAUGUCCUCAUUCCUGCCACAAUGCAAGAAAUGCCUGAAAGCUUGCUAUCAGACAUAAGAAAUUUUGCUAAAAAUUGGGAACAGUGGGUUGUUUCAUCCUUGGAAAACUUGCCAGAAGCCCUAACUGACAAGAAAAUCCCCAUUGUGCGAAGAUUCGUGUCUUCUCUGAAGCGACAGACGUCUUUCUUGCAUCUUGCUCAGAUUGCCAGGCCAGCUCUCUUUGACCAGCAUGUGGUGAAUUCCAUGGUAUCUGAUAUUGAAAAGGUUGACUUAAAUAGUAUCGGAUCUCAGGCACUUCUCACCAUCCCCAGCAGUACAGACACGGAAUCCGACAUCUACAGUGAACAUGACUCUAUCACUGUGUUCCAAGAACUGAAGGAUCUCCUUAAGAAGAAUGCUACAGUGGAAGCAUUUAUUGAAUGGCUGGAUACUGUGGUUGAGCAGAGAGUGAUUAAGACAAGCAAACAAAACGGAAGAUCCCUGAAGAAGAGGGCGCAAGACUUUCUGCUGAAGUGGAGCUUUUUUGGUGCCCGAGUAAUGCACAACCUUACCUUGAACAAUGCGUCGAGUUUCGGUUCUUUCCACUUGAUCCGGAUGCUUCUGGAUGAAUACAUCCUCCUGGCCAUGGAGACUCAAUUUAAUAAUGACAAAGAGCAGGAACUGCAGAACUUAUUGGACAAGUAUAUGAAGAACUCAGAUGCCAGUAAAGCUGCCUUCAUGGUCCCAAGCUCCUGCUUUCUGGCCAACCGUAAUAAGGGCAGCUCACUUUCCAGUGAUACGGUGAAGAAUGAAAGCCAUGUGGAGACACCCUACAUCCCUCUGCCUCCCAGCCAGCCUGGAGCCAUACCCCCUGCUCUGCACCCGUUCCCAACUGAGAAUGCUGAGAACAUGCCACUCACAGGUCAAAUAGAACUUUCACAGAGUACUGGCCAUCUGAUGACACCGCCUAUUUCUCCAGCCAUGGCAAGCCGAGGAAGUGUCAUUAACCAAGGCCAUGGCAGGCAGACCCCAAGUGUGGGCUCAGUUCUCUCAGUUCCAACACACUGCUCAACAUAUCCAGAGCCAAUUUAUCCUACUCCUCCAGCCAACCAUGACUUUUAUGGGACCAACUCCAACUAUCAGACUGUGUUCAGGGCACAGUCUCAACCUUCGUCUAAUCUCUAUACUCACCGUGCAGAGCAUGGGAGAUGCAUGGCUUGGACUGAACAGCAGCUUUCCAGAGACUUCUUCAGUGGCAGUUGUGCUGGCUCUCCAUACAAUUCCAGACCACCUUCCAGCUAUGGACCAUCCACACACACACAAGAGUCACAUAGCAUACAGUUUCUGAACACAGGAAGCUUCAAUUUUCUUAGUAAUUCAGGAGCUGGCAGCUGCCAAGGAGCAACAUUGCCUUCUAAUUCUCCUAAUGGAUACUAUGGAAACAAUAUAAACUACUCAGAAGCUCAGAGGCUUGGAUCGAUGGUGAACCAACAUGUUUCCGUCAUCAGUAGUGUUCGCUCACUGCCUCCCUACAGUGACAUCCAUGAUCCACUUAACAUUUUAGAUGACAGUGGCCGGAAACAGAGCAACUCGUUUUAUCCAGACACAUCCUCUCCAGUUGCAUGUCGGACUCCUGUAGUAGCUUCCAACUUGCAAACCCAGAUUCCCUCCUCUUCAUCCCAGUGUAUGUAUGGAACUUCUAAUCAGUACCCAGUGCAAGAAACUCUGGACUCCAAUGGAGCAAGCAAUAGAGACAUGGUGUCCUCUUUACCACCCAUCAACACUGUGUAUGGGACAGCAGCUGGAGGCACCUAAAAAAGCACUGUGAGAUGCAGCUGAAACUCAAAAUCUCAGUUGCAUUGAUGUCACUCUCCAUCCCCAGCUGCCAUGAGAGCAAAGACGAUUCAGUGGCUGGACGUGUUUUUCAGAUCGCUGAUACUUGGGACAAUGCCAUAGUAAAUGGAGAUACUUGUAUUGCACACAAAGAGGCUAAAAUGUGAAGUCAUUAUUGAUCAUAACUUCAAACAC